GAAGUAGUGUUUACUCGGUGCACGUGGGCAGUUAGAAUGGCGGCUCACCGCUCCGGGCCGCUGAAGCAGCAGAAUAAAGCUCAUAAAGGCGGGCGGCACCACGGCGGUGGGUCCGCACAACGGGACAGCAAAGGUCGUGUAGGACCGAAAAUCCUGUGCAAGAAGCUUAAGAAGCAGCUCAGCCGAGUAGACCAGAGGCAUCGCGCCAGCCAGCUCCGAAAGCAGAAGAGGGAGGCGGUUCUGGCAGAGAAGAGGCAGCUGGGCAGCAAGGAUGGGCCUCCACAUCAGGUGCUGGUGGUGCCUCUGCACAACAGGAUUUGCCUUCCAGAGGCAUUUAAACUGCUUCAGAACGAAGACCUGGGAACAGUGUAUUUGAAUGAACGGGGAAGCACCCAUAGUUUUAUGCUUCUGAGCCCUAGCUUGAAACAUCGGUGGUCUUUCACAUAUGCAAGACCAGGGGAUCUGCAUACACUAUUAGACAUGGCUAAAGUUGCUGAUACCAUCCUGUUCCUCCUGGACCCAUUAGAAGGCUGGGACAGUACUGGGGAUUAUUGUCUAUCUUGCCUCUUUGCUCAGGGCCUUCCCACCUAUAUGCUAGCUGUCCAGGGACUUCCUAGUCUCCCACCAAAGAGACAAACGGAUGCCAGAAAGAAGCUAAAUAAAACAGUGGAGAAACGCUUUCCUGAAGACAAACUCCUGCUGCUGGACACCCAGCAAGAAUCAGGAAUGUUACUCAGACAGUUGGCUAACCAGAAGCAAAGGCAUCUUGCUUUUCGGGAUCGGCGAGCUUACUUGUUUGCCCAUGAUGCUGACUUCAUGCCUAGUGAGGAGAGUGACUUAGUGGGCACCUUGAAAAUCUCAGGCUACAUUCGAGGGAGGACUCUGAAUGUAAAUAGUUUGCUGCAUAUUGUUGGACAUGGUGAUUUCCAAAUGAAUCAAAUAGACGCGCCUGUGGAUCCUUUCCCUUUAAAUCCUAGAGUGGUUAAAUCCCAAAAGAAACCAAGCAUGUCAAUGGAGGUUUGUGUUACAGACGCUGCUGCUGACAUGGAAGAAGGUCUUAAGGUUCUGAUGAAGGCAGACCCUGAUCAACAGGAAACUUUACAAACAGAGGUUAUUCCAGACCCAAUGGAAGGCGAGCAAACGUGGCCCACUGAGGAGGAGCUGGAUGAGGCAAAUGACUCACUGAAGCAACGCUCCAGGGUGGUAAAGAAGGUCCCUAAAGGAACAUCCAAUUACCAGGCUGAGUGGAUUCUGGAUGAAGGCGAUGAAAGUGAUGGGGAAGGUGAUGAAUCUGAUGAUGACAUACAGCAUGAAGGUUUCAUGGAAGAAGAGUCUCAGGAUGGGAGUGGCGAGGAGGAAGAGGAGGAAUGUGAAACCAUGACUCUAGGGGAGUCUGUGCGUGAUGACCUAUACGAUGAGAAAGUAGAUGAAGAGGACGAGGAGAGAAUGUUAGAGAAAUACAAACAAGAAAGAUUGGAAGAGAUGUUUCCAGAUGAAAUGGAUACCCCUCGUGAUGUGGCCGCUAGAAUUCGAUUUCAGAAAUAUAGAGGCCUCAAGAGCUUCCGGACGUCUCCUUGGGACCCUAAAGAAAACCUUCCUAGAGAUUAUGCUCGGAUUUUUCAGUUUCAGAAUUUUGUUAAUACCAGAAAAAGAAUCUUUAAAGAGAUUGAGGAAAAAGAAACUGAAGGAGCUGAGGUUGGUUGGUACGUCACACUUCAUGUUUCUAAUGUCCCUGUCUCGGUGGUCGAGUCUUUCAGGCAAGGAGCGCCCUUGAUUGCAUUUUCUUUGCUACCUUAUGAACAGAAGAUGUCAGUAUUGAACAUGGUGGUGAGCCGCAGCCCUGGCAACACGGAACCUGUGAAGGCGAAAGAAGAAUUGAUCUUCCACUGUGGAUUCAGGCGCUUCCGAGCUUCACCUUUAUUCUCUCAGCACACAGCAGCUGAUAAACAUAAAUUUCAAAGAUUCCUGACUGCUGAUGCGGCCUUAGUGGUGACAGUAUUUGCACCAAUCACGUUCCCUCCUGCAUCUGUGCUGCUUUUCAAGCAGAGGAGAAAUGGAAUGCACAGCCUCAUUGCUACAGGCCAUCUGUUUUCAGUGGAUCCAGACAGGAUGGUCAUAAAGAGAGUGGUUCUAAGUGGUCAUCCUUUCAAAAUUUUUACUAAGACGGCAGUAGUGCGCUACAUGUUCUUCAGCAGAGACGAUGUGCUGUGGUUUAAGCCUGUGGAACUGAGAACCAAGUGGGGCCGCCGGGGACACAUCAAAGAGCCGCUGGGUACACAUGGCCAUAUGAAGUGCAGUUUUGAUGGGAAGCUAAAAUCUCAGGAUACAGUAUUAAUGAAUCUCUAUAAGCGAGUGUUUCCCAAAUGGACUUAUGACCCGUAUGUACCAGAGCCAGUACUUUGGGUUAAAAGUGACAUCUCUUCAACAGUGUCUGAAGUAGACAUGGAGUAAUGGCCACUCAGUUGGGUUCCUCCAGCCAAGGCUCCAGUGUUGGAGUUGUUGGGUUGUGACUAGGCUGUCUGUGUCUCUGCUAAGUACAGGAUUUAUACUAUAACAUACUUGAUUGGGAUUUUGAAAAUAGUUUAAACAGGAAGAUGGAAAACAAAACUUUCAUCUAGAGACUAAAUUGGAACAGAAACAGUCUGUUAAGGAGCCGGCCGUUCCGCCUGCUUCACCCAGCUUAGGGAGGUUAAGUCUACAUUCCCACCACUGAGUACAAUACAGAUGUUCUUUACUUCUGGAGAGACAGUUUGGAAAUGCUGAGAUAGCACUGCAGCCAAUCCGACGCCAGCAGUAGGCUCAAUGAGCAGUUUCAUUCUUUCCCACACCAGCUGGGUUGCAUACUGUUGCACAGAAAGAAGCAAGGGUUAGUGAAACCAGAAAUUGUAAACAUGAAGUAGGUGAGCUACCAUUUCCCACAGGUUAAGGGAAUGGUCUGUCAGUGCCUGGGAAGUUAGACUGGCUGUUUAUGCAUCUGAGUUUACCUUGAUUUCAUCUUCCGUGACAGUGAAGACAUCGUCCACAAGGUCCCUUAUAAUAGGCCAGGUAUUUAAGCCAAUGCUGGACUUGACGCCAUCUGCUAUGGUCUCUGGAGGAUGAAGAUUGGGGGUCAGCUCUCCUUUCAGCUUAGACUGGUAGCAGUCAUCUGCAUUGGAAGGUUCAGCAGCGUACACCUUCACGCUAGGUUUCAGGGUCUGGGAAAGGAAGAGAUACAUUAAAUACCGCCGUUGUCUGCACACCUCAAGGAGGCAGUGUGCUAAAGAUGUGUUACAUUUGAUGACCAAAAUGGAAACGACCUUGAAGCACUUUAAUAAAAAUUGUAUCUGAUAA